AUGAGGCCUGAAUUCAGCCAGCAGUUAGCUGCUUUUAACAUUACUUCCUUUGAGGUUAUGUGCAACAAGUUCAAAGCUGUAGCCAGAAGUAGUAGAGUGGUAAAAGAGAAGAAGAGAGAUGGACAUGUCGUUUUUGCUAAUGGCAUAGCAGUGGAUCCAUACAAGGCUAAUGCAGUACUACAGCAGGAGAGACCAACGUUGGUAAUCGAGAUAAGAAGUUUCUUGGAUUUAGCUAGCUAUUAUCAAAGAUUUAUCCAAGGGUUCUCUCAGAUUACUUCUGCAUUGAUGAAGUUAACGAAGAAGGAUCAACCAUUUCUUCAGACGGAGAAGUGUGAAGAGGCAUUUCAGACUCUGAAGGAGAGGUUGACUACAUUGCUAAUGUUGACUAUUCCAGAUCCUAAAUGGCCAUAUGUGGUUUACACCGAUGCAUUACUUAAGGGACUAAGCUAUGUGCUAAUGCAAGAUGAUAGAGUUGUAGCUUAUGCAUCAAGACAGCUGAGACCACAUGAGGAGAGUUAUCCAACUCAUGAUCUUAAGUUAGUAGCAGUUGUAUUUGCCUUGAAAAUAUAG